CUGGUAAAGUUACCUUCUUUUAACAGGGGAUGUUCUCUCUCUCUCUCUCUCUUCAUCAGUAAUUCACCAGCUGAGCUCAUUCAUCAUUUAACUUGAAAGCCUGCUGGAAACGCUUCCACCGGAGCUUCUGCUGCUGAUAACCGACAAACAUGUUCUUCAGACGGGCAUGGCAGAGAGUCUGGCCGCUGGCACGGAGGGCUUUCAAACCGGCAUCCACAAACAGGACUCCGGUGCGACACAUGGCCUUUGGGAUCCCUGGAGGCUCCAACAACAUGACAUAUUUUGUUUUGGGUGGAGGAGGUCUCACUGCUGCAGCCGUCUAUGCCUACAAGUCAGUCAACGGUGAUACUGAGGACAAACCCGCCAACGUGAGCUCAACAGCAAAAGCUGCAGCUCCUGCAGCCGAAGCGGCACCAGAGGCAGCAGCUCCUGCAGCUGAACCUGCUCCAGUGGAGGAAGCUGCACCGGCCGUCGAGGUCGCUGUGGAGCCUGUCGCUGCUGCUGUAGAAUCGGUAGCAGAAACCGCUGCCGAACCUGUCGCCGAGGCUGCAUCUGAAGAAGCUGCUGCCUUGGCUGUCGAGGCAGUUGUCGCCGAGCCUGCAGCUGAACCUGCAGCUACAGAAGAAGCUGCUGCUCCUGCGGCAGACAUGGAAGCUGCACCUGAAGCCGCUGUGGAAGUCGCUGCCACUGUGGAAGUCGUUGCCGCCAUGGAGGCACCAGCAGAAGCCCCAGCAGCAGAAAGCACUGGUACGGCAGCAGUAGAUGAAGUCCCUCCUGCUCCCCCUGCUGAGGCAGAAACUGCCCCCGAGGCUGAGGCUGCCCCUGCUGCAGAGGUGGCUGCAUAAAGCUGUGAUGUGGCUCAGUCGUGUUCACCCAGAGAGGAAGGAUAGAAGUUAGAUGUGCUGCGUUCCACCUCCCUGGCCUCAGGAAAAAGGACUCAUGAACCCCAUUUUUAUAAUGAAAAGGAAAAACAACUUUUAGUGGAAAAAUCAACAUUUACUGUUGGUCAGAAAACACCAGUCAGGGGUUCAUCAGUCCAGUUUUCAGGUGCCUUCCUUCCCUCACCGCUCUCCAACCUUCACGUCCAAACCACAACAUCUGGCAUCAGUGUUUGUGGUUGGAUUCAGUUUGGUAAAUUCUGUUCCUCUAGGAAUUCUCAUCAGCAGACCAGAGCAAAUCCAAAUUACAGUUUAGCGACUGUGCAGCAAACAGAGGAGUGUUUAAACUAGGUGAUGUAAGGGACAGAACUGAGUUGAUAACUAAUGUUCUCUGUAAAAUUACACUUUAAGUGCCCUUAAAACAGCACAGUGCUGCACGUUGUUCCUUUGCUUGUCUAAAAAUGUGUGAAUGUUGAACGAAUGCAGCUCAUUUGUAGAUGUUCAGCUUUGUUUCUGUCACAUUUACACUCUGCCUCACUGUGAUGUGGCAUAAAAUCAGUGAGCUCCUUCUUGUCUGUUGUUCUGGACCUUUGAAAUCCUUUUUGCACAAAUCUUCUCAGAGUGAAACGUACGUAAAAUGUCCUUCUAUGCUUCUUUGUACUCACUAAUAUUUGCUUUUCACACAGAUAUUUUUAUCUCCAUUUUUGCCAUCUAUCCAUGUUCUCAGCCUGCACCCAGUUUAUACAACUGAUCCAUGUUUCAGUGUUGACUUUUCUAGAAAAUUCUAAGCCAUUUUUUUUCUAAAGCUCUUUUUGUGUGUGUGCUAAAAGAAGCUUCUCUUUUCUCUAACUGUGAAUCUUUCAGGGAACAAUACAGAAAAUUCACUCACCUCUGUGUGUGGGCAUUGGAAGUUUAGUGCAUUAUGAUGAAUACAAUUAAGCAUUCAAAGAAUAAAACAUCACUGGAUGAUGAGCAAGUUUGAAGUGUUUCAAUAAAGACAACGUUCUGAUGGUCCA